AUGGUUGGUGGUAAAAGAUCGAGAAAUUUCGAUGACGAUGAUGGAUACCGCGACUUCCGUCCCAGAAUGCCUAAGAGGCAAAGAAUUCCACCUGUUGUACAGCUCUGUAAAGAAAUGAUGCCCGACAUUAGGACCCUGGGUGAGACAGUGAAGGCUUUUGAGGAAGAUAUCAAGUUUUUGAGCGAAGCGAUUGCAAACGAGUUUGACAACGAAGAAUAUUUCAGAAAUGCUCUGCUCAGCACUCUCUAUGCAGUCGUUUUGGAACAACCUCAUAAACAGCCGGCAAUCGCACUUUUGACCAUGGUGGUGAACGCUGCGAAUCCCGUGGCAGGCAAGAGUAUCUUAAACCACUUUUUCGGCAAGCUACAGGAAUGGUGUGACACAAGUAUUGACGAAGACUUCCAGGUUACUUCCAGUGAGACUGGACCCUGGAACAGGAUCAAACUUCUACUCAGAUUUCUUUCGCUGCUAUCACCCAUGGUGCAGGAGGAUGAAUUAAUUUCGCUGUACCAAAAAUUCUUUGAGCUCAGCGUUGAAUUGAACAACCUGAGCACCGAAAAGAGGAACCCACUUUCCGAGGCGAUCUAUAGCAAUACUCUGCUGAAUAUUCCAUACCUGUUCUUCUUUUCAAAAGACAACCAGAACCUGAGGGAAAAAGUAGCUGAAUUGAUUGCAGGGGUAGAAGCGUCUUACGUCGUUAAGAACACCGACUUAUCUCUAAUUAAGGAGUACAAUAAGAGUCCUCCUUAUGAACCUCGGCGGUGGGUGCAAACAGUUCUGCCUAAUGUCAAAAGAGUGUUGGCUAACGAUAUGCAGCAGAUUACGGAACUAUUUCCUGAUUAUAGUUCAAUGAUGGUUCAGCAACCUGGAGAUCAAGGUUUCAAUGACCCUCUGAAUCUCCCCACUGUCCAGCAACUGGAGCCUUUCAGUGGCUUGGACAGGGGUCUUGGUUCUAUUGAUGGUAUGUGGAAAGUGCCAAGAUACUCUUUCAGGGUUUACCUGCCUAACGAAGUCGGAGAAUUUGAGACUGUGGUCCCCUUCACCACUUAUGCUGGUAUGCUCUUUGAAGAUUUGAUCAUCGACAUCAUAGAGAGUAUGGAGUUUAAUCGCAAAGAAGUGGCUAAGCAAGUGAUUACAUUGGACCUGUUUUUCAAACCGGGCAUUUUCACAGAGCCAGGUCAGUCAAUUGCCCAACUUAUUGCCUUACACGAAGAAAAUCCUAUCAUUACAACCUACAAGAUUGAAGAUUUAGCAAUUGAGAAAAUUUUAAGCAUGAUUUUUAAGCUACCAAAUGUUUCUCACCCGUUUGCCUAUUUCUAUACUCUGCUGGUUGAGAUUUGUCAAAACUCCCCGAAGGCUAUUGCUCCUGUAUUUGGAAGAGCCUUCAGAUACUUUUUCAACAAUUUAGAGCAGCUGGACUUGGAACUCAAACUUAGAUACCUGGACUGGUUUUCCAUUCAGAUGAGUAACUUCAAUUUUUCUUGGAAGUGGAAUGAAUGGGAGGAGGACAGCGUAAAAUUUGGUAAGACUUUUUACAACCCGAAGGUCACCUUCAUGAGAAACCUGAUCAGAAAAGAAUUACGACUCACCUCUAGUAAAACGGAUGUUGAGGAAAGUUUGACUGAUGAAUUCAAACCUUACUUAGAUAGCUCUUUUGUUUCCAGACAUGAGCUGGUUGGCUACUACCAGUCUUUCUUCGCGAAUUUUGAUGUGGAUGAAACUAUGUUGAAAGACAACGAUCUUUUCUUUGCACAAUCAUGCUUUCCUUUCAGCGAGCAAAUUCAAAACGUGGUAAAUUAUUUCCACCAACAACCUUUGGAUCGAAAUGUUAGUGAACUGGCGGCAAUCUUUGAAGAUAUUCAAAAGGCCUAUGGCAACAUAAUUGUGGACUUCAACAGGUUUGUCACCACUAUCUUAAUCCAAGCCUUGACAUUUUCUGGUAAUAGGUCGCUCUCUCACGCCAAUAAAUAUAUUGGAGAUUCGAAGAACGAUGUUUUGGAAUUGUUGAGUAAAAUGGACGUCACUCAGGAGCUCAAAGAAAGGUGGCUUAUCGAGGCCAUCAUCCGGUUCUGGAACUCAAACUCCCAAAAUGGAUUCCUCAUCGUUGAUACAUGUAAAAACUUCGAGUUGGUUUCUGCGAAGAGUGUGCUACAUUUUUCGUUCUUGGAGGACAAUGACCGUGUUUGGGGGUUAGUUGAUGCAACUUCUGUGGAGUCUACUUUCAGAACGCUUACAGAGUUAUCACUCCGCAGGGACGCAGAUGUAGAAACUUUCAUUUAUUUAUUCGAGAGGCUUGUCGACAUUGCUGCAGAAACGACCGAGAAACUAGGAACGUCCCCUGACGUCCCUGUUGCCGUGAAUGAAAGUUCAACAGACUUCCGUGAGCUUGAACUUGGGUGGAAAUAUGAAAGCUGCUUGGGUUUUAUCAAGAGUGUGCUGAGGAAAUAUGGUGACGAGUAUGCUCCAAGUAUCGACCAUUUGAGCACAUUUGUUAACUCCAAGGUGUCGCAUACGAAGACGAGGGAGAUUUUGGAAAGCUGGUUGAUGGAAUUGAAAGAACUAUGA